CCCCUCCAUGCCACCUUCAGGCCUUUCUUGACCCGACAUUUUAAAUCAAAACCUUAUUACCAAUAGUCCUUGUAUGUCUGGAAUGGUCAAUGUCUUCGUUGUCUCUCUGGACACCCGCUCCGAAAGACGCUUCGAUCUACAUACAACAGUGCAGCAAUUAAAAGCAAAGCUAGAAUCGGUGACUGGAAUUCCGGCCUCUGCACAACGCAUCUCCUUGCAUAACUCUGAAGAAGACUCGACUGUUGUCGCUACACUAGAUGACAGUAGUCGGCCGCUUGGAUUCUAUGGUGUACAUGAUUGGCAGGUGUUGAGAGUGGAAGAUACGAGUCCACCUGGAGCAUCGCUUACAGGUCAAUUUACGGAUGUCUCACAAGUUGAGAAGUUCGAGCUCUCCGAAGCUGAGUACGCAGCGCGUCGCGACACAGUGCUCGCGUACAAACAACGUAACAGACUUGGGCGUUUCUCCGAACCUGAAAAAUCCGAAACACACGAAGAAACCUCAUCAUCGGAGGCGAAUGUCGGCAUCAAAAUAGGCCAGCGCUGCGAGGUUGAACCCGUUUCGGAGGGUGGGAUCGCUAGACGGGGGAUUGUUCAAUUUAUUGGAUCAACUGAGUUUGGUACGAAGAAGGGUACCUGGGUUGGUGUGCAGUACGAUGAGCCCGUAGGAAAGAACGAUGGAUCGGUGGAUGGACAUCGCUAUUUUUCCUGUCCAGCGCCUUAUGGUGGCUUCGUGCGCCCAGAAAAAGUGCGGGUUGGUGACUUCCCGCCUGUCAACUUGGAGGACGAGCUCGACGAGAUAUAACUGAAGGGACUACUCAAUGUAAAUAAAAGCAAAAACAAUGUAAAUCUAUGGAUUGAUUGGAGUCUGAUCAUUGUCCUGUCUUCCAUUUAAUUCUUCCUGAAAACAUUUCUGACACCGACAUGUAAAGCCCCAUGCGUCUUUCAAGCGCUUUCGUCUGUCAUCUAAGCGGAGCACAUCUUCCUCACCGCGGAUAUAGCUGAUGCACAGUUCCUCGCCCUCGGAAAUGGCACUUGCGGAAAGGAAGACCCACCGGCAGCCGAUGCGACGCCGAGCGACGUUCGGUUUGCAAGAAUGAUUGAAGAACGAAGCGACAGGCCAAAUUCCGUAACCGAGCAUCUCUGGAUCUUCUCCGUCCUCCUGUUGUGACUCAGGUUUUGACUGAGACUCAACGCUAGUGCUCCAAAUACCGAAGCUGUUUCCGACGUCGCGUGCGAGGACGGCCUCGAGCGUCGCACGGGUUACAUAUGGAAGAAGUGAAGGUGGAAGGACUGCAGUAAGGUGAAGGAAUGUCGAUGUUAUUUGGCGGAGCGCGGCCAUG